AUUUGGGUGCCAAACUCAUUCCAAAUCACGAUAUCAACUUGUAAGACUAUAUAUCACGAUGCAAUUUUUUAGUUUUUGUUAAAACUUGGGAAAACGUCGAUGGCAAGCGUAUAAACUUCAACUCGGAUCUUUUCUUUUAUGAUUAUUUAAAAAGUUUCAAUAAUAAUGGCUUACAAGAAGUGCAAGUGGUUCAACGGUUCGAUAAUGUUAAAAAGAAAUGCAAGUCGUCGGAAUACGUCAAUGGAUGAUGUGCACGAGAAAUUUUUUAAAGAUGCUGUAGAUUACGUAGAAAAUAUUGAUGCCCCAUUGGAUGCGCUUAGUGAACCUAUUCUUCUGUUAUAUGGUCUAAUAAAGUUAGCAAAGUUUCGGGAAUCUUAUUUGACGCAAUUGCAAGAAAAAGUCAGUAUAAUGUUUGAACAAUGCGCUGACGACUCGAAAAUCAAGAUAUUCAGCGCUAUAUCCAUAACUAUGUUAGACUGGCAAAAAACGAUUAAAGGACAAGUGGAAAAAAGUAGCGUCUUACUGAAGGAAUUUGCAACCAGAAUUAUUGAGCCUCAUAUACAAUGGCAUGCUGGAGCUAAUGCUGAAGCAAUGCGCUCCUUCGCUACAGCUACUUUAUGUGCUUUGUCUCAAGGAGCUCCACAGGAAGCAGGUUUUGUGUUGCCACAUUUUGCUAAGUAUAUGCCUACCUUAAUGGAGGAUCGUGCUGUGGUUACACGCCAUUAUGCAAUUAAAUGCCUCAAUAAUUUUGGCGACUUGCAAAUAGACGAUUUGGAGCCGAUUGCUUAUGCUUUUUGAAUUUGUAAUGAAAUGCCUUGUAGCUUGUUUGCAGCGCAUAAAUGAUCCAUCUUCAGGGAUUCGAAUUUUGGCCGCAUCGAUCAUACCGAAACUGAAACCGAAGUUUGGCGAUGAACCUAGCAACAACUACGAACAAGAUAUGUGGGAUACAUUCCUCAAACGUUGCAUGGACUUGUUUUUGCAUUAUGAUGGUCCUGAAGUGCGCUUACAAGCAGCUAUCAAACUAAAUUACAUAAAUGUCCGAGCGUUAUCCUGAACUGUGUAAAGAAAGUUAUAAGCGCGCUCUGGCCAGUACUCAUAAUUGCAUUAAUCUUUUAGAAUUAAAACCAUACGUGCCCUCUAUAGACUAAACGAAAUUUCGAUUCUUUCAUUGUAAUCAUUUUAUAUAUAUAUUUAGUUUUAAUUAAAUUAAAUUU